CGAAAUCUUUAAAAAGAAAGCGUUUUCGCCCCUUCAUUAAAAAAAAUAUAUAUAAAUGGAGGAUAACAAGGUAGGAAGAGGAUUCCAUGGAGUUUAUUUAUUGAACUGCAUAAAUCCAAGGUACAGGGGUCAUACGUACAUUGGAUAUACUGUGAAUCCUGCGAGGAGAAUAAGACAACAUAAUGGCGGUGUGGAUAAAGGAGGAGCGCACAAGACGAGCAAGAAGAAACCUUGGGAGAUGAUAUUGAUAGUACAUGGCUUUCCUAAUGAUGUGAUUGCCCUUCAGUUUGAAUGGGCAUGGCAGAAUCCACAAAGAACUCGCCGCCUUAAACACAUACAACUUACAAAGAGCCAAAAGAYAAAAGAAAGUCGUGUGGCAUUUGCCUUCAGGAUUCUCUCAGAGCUGCUCAGAGUUGGCCCAUGGAAUAGACUACCUUUAACAAUAAGAUGGCUGAUUCAAGACUACAAAAUAGAGUUUGACCCUUGUCGACAACCUCCAGUGCACAUGCCUGUUGCAUAUGGCCAUCUUGAAACUGAAAAACCAAAGAAGAAAAAAGAAGCAGAGGAAGAGGAUUUAAAUAUUCCUGCAUACCAGAGCAAAAGAUGUGCCCAAUGCGCAGCAAAACUUAAGAUUGAAGAAUUCACUGUCCAGUGCCCUAAACCUGAAUGCAAUAUGAUAGCACACACUGUCUGUUUAGCCAAAGCUUUCAUUCGUCAUGAACAUGAAGAUGGGAUAUUCUGUCUUCCUCUGGAGGGAAAAUGUCCUGGAUGUCAGGAGGACCUUUUAUGGAGAGACCUAGUCAAACCAUCAGAAACAGUGAAGGCAGAUGACGACAUAGAUGAUGAGGAACCACACUGGACACAAAACCUAAGACAAUAAUCCUCAACUUCUCAUAAUAUACCAUU